AGGUGAAAGGAGAGCAGCGACUGGACGACUAUCCCAGCAGAACCGAGCCAUGGAAGCAGCUCCUUGCGCUUUGCCUGUCUUCCUGGAGGAACCAGGGGAUCCUCCGGUCCCCUGGAGCGACUGGAUCUCCGAGUUCGAGCGGCACCUGAACGAAGAGUCGUGCCCGGAGGAGCAGAGGGCGGCCCGGCUGCUCGCCCACCUCGGCGAGGAGGGGCGGCGGAUCCUCCGCAGCCUGCCGGGGCCGACCGACAGCUACGCGGAGAUGGUCGGCGCCCUGACCGCUCACUACAACGCCAAACAGCAAAGAAAGAAGAUGAUAAUUGCAGCAGCAACAGUGGGAGGAGCGCUGAUUGGAGGAGUUGGAGCCGUUGUGGCCGCUCCGUUCGUCCUGGCUGGAAUCGGAUUCACCUCCACUGGGAUUGCUGCCGGCUCACUUGCUGCCAGCAUGAUGUCAUCAACAGCCAUAGCCAGUGGUGGAGGGGUGGCGGCGGGGAGCCUGGUGGCGAUUCUCCAGUCUGCAGGAGCGGUGGGUCUGUCGGCGGGGGCCUCGGCUGCUGUGGCGGGGGCCGGAGCCGCGGCCGGAGCUGCGGUGGCUGGAACUGCUGGAGCGCUGGGGGCCAAAGCCAUCGAUGGGGAAGACAAAGAUGAAGACACAAAAGGAAUGAAGAAAGAAGAGGAACAGGCCGUUUGUAGUCAGUGCCAGCAAACGAUCCCCAAGGAACAGGGGCCAAAGAAAGGCUGAUCAGAACAGACCAGCCACUGUCUGAGGCUGCACAUAAAAUAAAUAAAUGAAAAUAAUUCAAAUCAAACAUUUUGCUGCAACCUCUGCUUCGACACAACGCUUCAGCAAUGCGUUAAGUGUGACAAGCAUGAAAUCUGAGCCUUCUUCAAAAAGAUAAAAUAUCUUACAUGUUUAUAUCUAGAUAACAAUAUGAUGACAGUAAAUCGUUCAGUCCUAGGUAGCAUUCUGAACAGCUACCAAAGAUCACAGAAACUAAAGUGCCAUUUUCCCUCUUCAUUUUAGUCUUCAGAAAAAAAGAAAAAAUAUAUUUUUCUGAUCUUUUGUGAACCCUCUUACUAAGAAAAUACUUAAUAAAAAGAAAAAAAUACUAGUCUAUGGGUAUUUGGGAAAUUAAAAGUUCUCAAAUUUGCUCUUGAUUGUUCUUUUUAAUUUUAAAACAACAGCACCCCCAAAAUCAAUCAAUCAGUAAAAUGUUCGAGAUGUUUCAGUCAGCUGAGCUCGUCUCAUUUGUUGUAAUUCCUUUUUGUGCCCACUGGGUGGCAGGCUCCCCUUUUUGUGCCACAUUUUGAAGGAAACCUGUCCCAGGUGUUUGAUGCUGCUGUGCUGGCGCGAGCCGCAAGUGUUUUGUUGUGUGUGUGUGCUGACUCACCUGUCUGCUCAUCAGUUUAUAAUAAACUCAUCACUGAGGAAAUCAUUUCAACGUUAAAACUUCAACCACUGACAGAGCUAGAGAUUAAAGAUUUGGAUUUUAUACUAUAUUAUCAUUUUAUAUGAGAUUGUAAUGUGUUAUAUUGUUUUAAGGUCUCUGUAAUAAAGUUGGUUU